AUGGUCGCUAAGGAGAUGAAGUUCUUGACGGGCAACAUUCGACAGCUACUUGGUUCCGGGCACCCGUCUCUAGAUACUGUUGCGAAAUACUAUACACAGGGGGAAGGAAAGCAUGUUCGGCCACUCAUUGUACUCCUCAUGUCAAGGGCCACUUCCCUCACGCCCAAAUCUCCCAGAUAUAUUGGCCAAAACAGUUCAGUCGAUAUAGACAAAGCUAUCUCUCCGAUGUCUAUCCUUUCAGACGUCAAUCCUUCCUCGCCAACGAACAAUCCCAUCAGCCAUACUCAGACCUCAUAUCCAACAACUGACAGCGACAUUCUUCCCUCUCAGAGACGACUUGCCGAAAUCACCGAGCUAAUCCACACCGCCUCACUUCUUCAUGACGAUGUUAUUGACCACUCAGUGUCGAGACGUGGCAACCCCUCAGCGAACCUCGAGUUUGGCAACAAAAUGGCGGUUUUAGCGGGGGAUUUCCUUCUUGGUCGUGCUUCAGUAGCUCUGGCGCGGCUACGGGACCCAGAAGUUACGGAGCUUUUGGCCACAGUUAUUGCAAACUUGGUCGAGGGAGAGUUUAUGCAACUGAAGAAUACUGCUCGGGAUGAAAAGAAUCCCGUUUGGACUAAAGAAACCAUAACUUAUUACCUCCAAAAGACCUACCUCAAAUCAGCUAGUCUGAUAUCAAAGUCAGCCCGUGCGGCAGCUUUGUUAGGAGGAUCAGAUACCGCAACGGUAGAUGCUGCUUAUCUUUAUGGCAAGAAUCUUGGAUUGGCAUUCCAACUCGUAGACGACAUGCUGGAUUACACAGUUACCGCAGAGGAAUUAGGGAAGCCCGCAGGGGCAGAUCUUGAAUUGGGAUUAGCGACAGCACCCUUACUAUUCGCUUGGGAAAACAACAAAGAAUUGGGAGCUUUGGUCGGGAGAAAAUUUGAGAAGGAAGGUGAUGUGGCGAGGGCUAGAGAACUCGUCCUACAAAGUAACGGACUCGAGCAAACGAGAGCUCUCGCAGAAGAAUACGUCAACCAAGCGAUUGCGUCGAUCGAGAUGUUCCCAGAGAGUGAAGCCAAAGCUGGCUUAAUCGAAAUGGCACAUAAGACUUUGAAGCGGAGGAAUUAA